AUGACAAUUAAAGAAAGAGUUAAGAGAGUAUCAAAGAUUUUUUCAAACGAUUCUAAGGAGUCUCUAGAUAAACAAAUUGCAGCUGCUGGUGCUAAACCUCCAGCUGAAACUGAAGAGGCUGCAACAACAGAGGCUACAACAGCAGAUGAUACUGCUGCUGCUGAUGCAUCGGCAGGUGAAACCGCACCAGCAGAUGUUGUGGAAGAAGGAGAACCAGUUGCACUUGAUGUUGAUGGUAUCGAUACACCAGCGGUAAAAGCAGACGCAGACGCAGACACAGCCGUAGAGGCAGCAGAAGCAGAUGCAGAACCUAAUGCUGAUGCUGAUGCUACCAAUGCUCCUGAAGUUGCAGAAGAGGCUGAAGGUGAAACAGCACCUGUUGAAAAAGCCAAUAAGAAGCACGACUUUUUUAAGAAGUUAUUUUCCAAGUUCAAGAAACCCGUAGUUGCGAAAGCUUAG